AUGUCAUUUUUUCUUCGAAGACGUGUCCAACCCCGCCUCUCCUCUUUGCUAGCUAUAUCAGGCCGGAGGAAUCACUCAUUUGCAAGGUUCGAUUGGGAAGACCCCGUUUCCACAAAGAGCCUGCUCACCUCAGAGGAACUCGAUAUACAAGAGACUGCCCGGGCUUACUGCCAGGAACGCCUAAUACCUCGAGUUCUAGAUGCUUAUCGAAAUGAGGAUUAUGACAAGAAGAUCCUUCGUGAGAUGGGAGAGCUAGGCCUCCUCGGAGCCACAAUUUCAACCCAUGGUUGCGCGGGAGUCAGCAGCGUCGCCUCAGGUCUGAUCACUAAAGAAGUUGAGCGUGUAGACUCGGGGUAUAGAUCUGGAAUGUCUGUACAGAGUUCACUUGUUAUGGGCCCCAUUGCGGAACAUGGCACAGAGGAACAAAAGGACCGUUUUCUGCCUCAGCUAGCCCAAGGAACGAUGAUUGGAUGCUUUGGUCUCACAGAGCCCAAUCAUGGCUCUGAUCCUGGAUCUAUGGAAACCGUUGCUCGUCCACAUCCCACAAAAGAGGGAUACUAUUCUCUGUCUGGGGCUAAGACGUGGAUCACCAACUCUCCUAUCGCUGAACUGCUCCUGGUCUGGGCUAAACUCGAAACCACUGGAAAGAUUCGAGGUUUUCUGAUAGAACGUGAUCGAUGCCCUCCAGGAACACUCGAAACACCUAGUCUCAAAAAUAAGAAUGGCCUGAGAGCAUCCAUAACUGGUAUGAUCCAGCUAGAUGGUUGUCCAGUCCCCAAAGAGAAUAUGCUUCAGGUUGAAGGUCUGAAAGGGCCUUUCAGUUGUCUCAAUUCAGCAAGAUAUGGUAUAGCCUUUGGUACUAUGGGAGCCCUUGAGGACUGUAUCAAUCGUGCUCGUACGUAUGCACUUGAUAGAAAGCAGUUUGGAAACCCGCUUGCAAAGUACCAACUUAUCCAGAAAAAGUUGAGUGAUGCUCUGACGGAUGCAUCCUACGGUACGUUGGCUGCAAUUCAGGUGGGGAGACUUAAGGAUGAGGGCACGUUGGCGCCUGAGAUGAUUUCAAUGAUCAAAAGACAGAAUUGCGACCGGGCAUUAGCAGGAGCUCGAACGCUUCAAGAGAUUUUUGGAGGAAACGCCGCUUCGGAUGAGUAUCAUAUAGGACGCCAUGUAGCAAACCUGUUUGUGGUUCAGACCUAUGAAGGACAAUCUGAUAUCCAUGCAAUGAUUAUCGGUAAGGGUAUUACGGGAUCGCAAGCCUUUUACUAG